AUGUUUCUUGGGAUUCUCUACCUUUAUCUGAGUAUUGUGAUUGGCGCAUUUCUCGCGACAGUUACCCUAAUUUUCUGUGGAUUAAAGUGAGUUCUUUGUUGCUCAUUUAAAAAAAAUAUUGAUUUUUCAGCUGGGGUCGACUUCCACACCUCUAUCUCCAAUUGGUCUCUAGAAUUCAGGCAUGUUUCCCAGAUCCAAUUGAAUAUGUUGAACCUCGCAAAUAUCAAGAACAUCAUUCAGUUAGUUUUGAAAUACAAGUUUCUUCAAAAUAAUCCUCAAAUUUUUAGAGCGAUGAAAAUGAUAGUCAAGAUGUUAUGGAAUUUCCAGUCAAGACAAUCGAGAGUGGUUUGGAUUCAAUUGUUAAUGUGAGUUCAUAGAGAUUGGGGUAGAUUGGCUAGGAAAAUCACAGAAUCUUUCAAAUUCUGGAAGUGUUCAAGAGGUUCAGAAAUUCUGAGGGUCAAAUUAGAUUCAAGAAAUCGGGAGAGUUCAAAUAUUUCUGAAUCUGAAUUGAUUUGAAAUUAUCCAAUUCAGAAAUUCAAAAGUUCAAUCAAUAAAAAUAUAGCUCAAGUCAGAUUUUACUUUUAAAAAACUGACGAUUUUUUUCAAAAUUGAAGUCUCGGAAAUGUUUUCUUCAGAACAUUUAUCUUCCUGUUUCUAUUUGAAUCCACCCCAAUUCCUCUUCUAUUUCCAAUCCCCAGAAAUCCUCCUUCAUAUUCCAGGGUGAUUUUGGAUCAUGUUUCUCAACAGCUCCAUCAAGACACGAAACAUUACUCCGUCUCAAACCGCUCGCCCACUGGAGCCCUUUCCAAACUGCGAUUUUCUAUCUAUGCCUCUUAUUCAGGUCAGUGUCAACAAAAAUAUAUAUUUCAAAGACAUGAAAAAGUAAAUAUGAUUGUGAUUGUGUUCUGAUUCAUAUAUCAAUGUUAUGAUUGAUUGAAUGAUAAAGAUAAAGUGCAUACAACAAAAAAUUCGGGUUUUUUACAGAGUUUCAUUCCUUCUUCCGGUUCGAAUUGCUCUUCUUGUCUCGUCUUUUGUUUUUGUUGCCAUUGCUGGAUUCUAUGCAUCGGUUAAAGUAAGAAUUUUGGAGAAUCUUUGAAAAAAAACCAAAAAAAAAAAUAAAUAUUUUUUUUCAGAAAUUAACAAACAUCGAGAAAACCUGGGUAGCAAUUGUUUAUUGCCGUUUGUUCUGUUCUGGAAUGGGAUUGAUUGCGAGCUAUAAAAAUAUGGAAAAUCGCCCGAGAAAACCUGGAGUUGCGGUGGCUAAUCAUUUGACACCAAAUGAUAUUCAGAUUUUGUUUGCUGGCACACCGCAUGGUAGCUCUUAUGGAUAUGUUGUGACUGGACAGAAACAUGUUGGAAUUAUUGGUGAGUAAACAAAAACUGUAUUGGAAGUUAGGGUAUCUCUGAAAUAGAAAAAUUCCCGAAAAAAAGUUCCUAGAAAAUUUGUAAAAAUGUCAAAUGUACUCCGAAUAUUUCUUGCAUCAAAUUUUCAUUCAAAACUUCAAAAAUUUCUCAAAAAAUGUUUUUGAAUCUGCUCGCGGAAUCGAAACAGGUGCAAUUUUUUCAAAAAAAAAAACCUGAAGCAAGCUAGAGCUACUACGAACUGCAGAUUCUAAAAUUUUUCUACGCAUUGCUCAUGUUAGGUGUUAAAUUACAUAGAAAUUGGCGUGCUGGUUUCGUAUUUCUGAAAAGUUCAACAAAACAGUUUUAAGUCAAAAGUUUACUGUAAUUUCCAUCUGGAGCAACCUUCUUGAAAUCCAUUAAAGAAAUAGUUUUCAAUACACUUUUGUCAAAUUUUGAAUCGAACUCACAAAAUCGGAUAUCGGGCCGAUUCUAAGGUUGUCCAACCAAUUUUGAAUCUGAGACUAAUCUUCGAAUUUUUUUCUGGAUUUUUAGAUUAUUUUUUCACCCCCAUUUUUUAAAAAUGAGUUUCUCAAAAUCAUCCCCUCUUUCUCAUCAUAAAAUCCAAACCUAACCACAACAAAAACAUAUUUCCUAAAUGACAAUAAAAUCAAACACAUCCACACAUAAAUAUUCAAUUCGAUUCGCCAUUUCAGGCCUCAUUGAACAUCUUGUCGAAAAGCUGUGUCCCUCUUUGUGGUUAGAACGUAAAAACAGCAACGAACGACAAAAUUUCUUGGCAGAUGUUCUGCGAAUCGCAAAAGUGAGUGAUGAGCUUACAUUUAGCGAGAAAAAAACAAUAAAUAGUUUACAACCUUACAGGAAGAAGGUCCAGUUUUAUUAUUCCCAGAAGGUUAUUGUUCAAAUAACACACAAGUUUUGCAAUUUAGAAAAGCUGCGUUUGAAGAUGGUAUUAAUAUUUAUCCAGUUGCUAUUAAGUGAGUUAGCGGAAGUUGGAGAAAAAUGAAUUGAGAAUUUUAUUAUUGCAGACAAAAUCCAGAAUAUGGCGAUGGUUUCUGGUUUGAGGAUGAGUUCCACACAUAUCUUUUGAGAUCAAUGACAGGAUGGGCAUUGGUCUAUGAUAUUCAAUAUCUUGGUAAGAUUUUAUUACAGGGCUGAAUACCUAGAAGUUCUUCUAACUUCAGCUGGAAAUCAAUGUUUUAUGAAAACUCGCGUUCUAGAAAUCUGUAACUGAUCUGAAAAUCUAGUUCACUAAAAACUUAAAAUUUUUCAGAGAAAACUAUGAAUUUCAAAAAGAACUGUGGAAGAGAAAAACAAAAAUACAGUAAACUUUGUCGGCUCCUUUGAUCAGAGAUAUUUGGUUUUCUAGUCCACAUCUGGGGAUUUUCAAGAUUCAAAAAAUUGUUUAAUGUUUCUGGAAUAAUUUUUCGUGAUUCAGAAAAAUUCAAAUUUUGAUUCAUCUGGAAAAUGCUAUUACAGUUACUGUAUUUGAUAAACUGCCGUGAAACUUGAUUUUCAGAUGAGUUAGAGACCUCCAAAGGUGUUUGAAGAGUUUUGAUUUCGAAUCACGGUCUCUUUUAGCCUUAACUUCUAUAUUCAUUUUUAAAAUUACCCAAAUAUCCCAUAAUUUUCCAGAGAUGCAAACUCGAAACAUCGGAGAAGACAACGUCGAUUUCGCCAAGCGAAUUCAAUGUAUGAUCGCCAAAGCCGCCGAUAUCCCCGUCUCAAAAUACGGUGGAAAUGUUUGGUAUCGCCAACAAGAACGACAAAAAUUGAAAGAAGCACAACAAGAAGAAAAUGCUCAAACUUUGACUCAAUUAGACGACGAGCAACAACGAAAUAAUUUCGAACAAAAUUGGACUUGCACAACAAAACCAAUUAUUGAGCAUAUCGACUCGGUUAUCGAUUCACAAUACGAACAACUUAUUACUGUUUAUAGCUAA